GUGAGAUGUUUUGCUUAAGGUUUGAGUUUGGAAACUUAUUGUACAUUUUAACUAAGCCUCUGGAAAACAAUAUAAAGCAAUGAUUUUAGUACACAUGGUAUACAAGUCGUGUGUCAUAACUCGGGUUUGAGGGUGCACACUCUGUAUCCGAAUUUCGGAGUGUGACAUUUGAACUCAUUAUUUAAAGGAUUGUAAUUUAAUUUUUAUAAUCGAUCAAUUUAUUUUUGAAUUUAUUAGAAAUUAUUUCUAUUUUAUCCCUCAUGGAUUCGAGGAAACUCUUUGAGGAAUCCAGAGAGCUCCAUAGAUUCGAAGUAGUUAUCCCUAAGGAAGAUGGUGAUCGACCUCAUCACAUCCCUCCCUACGUCAGUACUACACCUACACCCAAAUUAAGCCAUGAACUACAUGUGGGUUACAUUAUUGUUGGACCUAAUGAACUUUUUGGGCGUCCUCUUUCAUGAUUUAGCGAUGUUUUCGAUCUAUCACACAAUUAAUUGAUAUACACAUGGCAUGCAGUUAUUCAAAUUAAAUAGUAAAUUAUACGUGUAGAUGGCAUACACAAUGCAUACACCAAGGUGGGCCUACUUUUCAUGGGGAGUUUACCUUGUUAGAUAGGUUUCAUGGUAUACACAAUACACACGGCAAGGUGGAUGGGGAUCACAUGCACAUUCAGAUCUUUGCUUCCAACCAACCUUUGUUAGCAAUUAAACAAUUUCAUGUGGAGUCAACCAAGUGUUGUGGCUGAAUCCUGAACUUUUUUUGAAUGAUCAACUUGAUAGUGAGCUAAAUCUAAUUGCCUUAGAAUGAGUUUCAUUAAUACUUAUCUUAAAAAAUAAUUCAGUUUUUCUUCUCAUUAUUGUUGUUGUUGUUUAUGAUGCAAUUUUUAUUGAAUAGGCGAUGGAUGCGGCGGAUUUAGCUAUCUUUGAAAUCGGAAAGUGUGUGUUGAAUCCUCUUAAGAAACACGUGGGCUACCUUAUUCAUUUUAAUGACAAUGUUAAGGAUCUGAAAGACCGCGUAGAAGAUUUAAUGACCAAGAGAGAGCAUAUAAAUCGACGAGUAAGCAUGGGUUGCUCCAAUGGUGAAGAAGAAAUUGGAGAAGUUAAGCUAUGGCUAACACGAGCUGCUCACAUGAAAGAAGAAGCAGAGAGGAUAGAGCAAAGAGUGGCAGAAAACACAAGAUGUCUGUUUUGUUCGAUUCUAAGCUGGCGUUAUAGUAUAAGCAAGGAAGCAAAACAAGCAAUGGAGAAUAUUGCCAAGCACUGCAAUGAAGGGAAUUUCAUGAGGGUGACAAUGCCCCCACUCAUUCCUAAAGUCGUAAAUCAGCCAGCUCCAUCAAUCAAAGGUCUACCAUCAGUAGAAUCAUCCUUCGAAAAAGUCAUGAAUGCUUUAGGUGAUGAAAAUAUCAAAAUAAUUGGGGUUUGGGGUAUGGGUGGCAUUGGCAAAACUACCCUAGUGAACAAUGUGAAUAAUAGGUUGGAAGGUUCACAACAAUUCAAAAAAGUCAUAAUGGUGACUGCUUCAAAGGACGUGGACAUCAGAAAGAUCCAGGGCAACAUUGCAGAUAGAUUGGGCUUGACUCUGAAGAAUGAAACCUUGCGAGCAAGUGACCUGAGUAACAGAUUAAUAAAAGAGAAGCCAUUUCUCAUCAUCUUUGAUGAUUUGUGGGAGCGACUUGAUUUGGCCAAUGUAGGUAUUCCCUCUAUUAACAGCCUUGAGGGUUGUAAGAUCUUAUUUACAACACGGAGUGAAGAUGUGUGCAGAGGAAUGGAAAGCGAAGUUAAUCUCAAAUUAGAGGUGCUCUCAGAUGAUGAAUCAUGGAAACUAUUCAAAGAGAAAGCAGGUGAUGUUGUUGAUGACCCUUCCUUGCAUUCCAAUGCAAGAGAGGUUUUCAAGGAAUGUGGCGGUCUUCCACUUGCAAUUAUAACACUUGGAAGGGCACUAAGAGGUGUGAGAAAUUCUAGUCUGUGGGACAAUGCACUUUCACAGCUGAAGAAGUCUGUGCCAAGCGAUAUCAAAGACAUGGAGAGGAGUGUGUACCAGUCUAUCAAAGUCAGCUAUGAUCAUUUGCGAGUUGAGUUGAAACCGGGGUUCUUGUUCUGCUGUUUGUUUCCUGAAGAUUAUGAUAUUCACGUUGACAGGAUGAUCAAACUAUGGAAAGGUGAAGGCUUUUUGGAAGACGUUGGAAGUUUGUAUGAAACGAUAAAUAAAGGGCGCACUUGGGUUGAAGAACUUAAAUCUUCUUGUCUGUUAUUAGAAGGUAAAGAUGAAGGACAUGUGAAGAUGCAUGACAUUGUAAGGGAUGUUGCCAUUUCGAUUUCAUUAAAAGAAGACGAGGGCUACAAAUCUUUGGUGAGAGCUGGAGUUGGAUUGAAAGGUUUGAUAAACUGGGAGGAAUACAAGAGGAUUUCUCUCAUGCGAAGUGGAAUUGAUAAAUUGCCAGAAGGGAUGCAUUGUCCUAGAUUGCUGACAUUGAUGAUGUCGGAAAACAAGGAGCUGACUGAAAUACAGGGCUGGGUUUUGGAAGCAACAAAAGAACUUCGGGUUCUCGAUCUAAGCAUAACGACUAUCAGUAGGUUACCACCGUCACUAUCAAACCUGGUGAAUCUACGGGUGCUUUGCCUAAGAAAGUGCAUAUUUAAAGGGAGUUGUUUAUCUGCGCUUCAAGGACUGAAGCAACUCGAAUCCCUCGAUCUGUCACGGAACAAAUACUUGCAUGAGUUGCCAACUGAAAUUGGGGAAUUGGUUAAUCUAGUGAGCUUGGACUUGACAGAGACUUGGCAUCUUUCAAUUGUUCCAAGUGGUAUUAUAUCAAGGUUGACCCACUUGGAAGAAUUGAAGAUGUGGAAGAGCUUUUGCAAGUGGGAGGUUGAAGGAAAAGAUGCAAGCAGCAGCAGCAGCAAUAACAAUGCUACUUUUGGUGAGGUGGCAUCUCUGAAAGAAUUGUCUCAUUUAGAGCUCUGGAUUGAGGAUGUGGAAUGUUUCCAACAAGACUACCCUCAGAUUAUACAUUGGGCAAAAUUGAAGAAGUUUGUUUUCUUCAUAUACCAAUCAAGGCAUGAAAGAAAUUUUUUCGAUUAUGAUUUAGAAUACUUACCUGGAUUCUUCUCUACUUCCUGGAGAGUGAUGGUGCUAGCUGGUUGUAGUGCCAUUCCAAGAUGGGUUAGAAUGCUUUUACCACAGAUUACAUAUUUAAAGUUACAUGAUUGCAGGGGUCCAAGGGUACUUGAUGGUGGUGGGGGAUUCCCAUGUUUGGAAAGACUUGAAAUUGGGAAAUGUGUCGAUAUGAAAUAUGUUGUCAGUGCAACGGAGUCUCCUGAAAAUGCAUUUCCUAAUUUACAAAGAUUAGUGUUAAAAGAUUUGCCAAAUCUAGAGAAGGUUGUCUCUAAGGAUGAAGAUGGAUUACUUCCAAACACAUUCCUCAGCAAUCUUAGGGACCUGGAAGUGCGUAGAUGUCCUAAACUAAAGCAUCUACUCUCAUCUUGUCUAUUGACAAGAAUGGAGAAUCUAACCACAAUCGAGGUGGGCGAUUGUGAAGGAAUGGAACAUGUGUUUGCUGGACCGCCCAUGACGGUGCAGCAUGAUGUUCUCACCAAACUCGAAACCUUGAGUCUUGAAGAACUACUAAGCUUGAAGAGUAUUUGGGAAAUGGGGUUAGUUGUAAAGCUCCAAAACCUCACUAAUCUGACACUUUGGGGUUGCCAUGGCUUGAAGAAGACCAUUAUGUCAUCGGUACAGAUGAAGGGUGGGCUUCCUAAUCUUGUCACACUCACCAUAGAUAGUUGCAAAGGAGUAGAGGAGAUCAUUUCAGAUGUGGUGGAUAAUGAGGGUCUCCUACCUAAACUAAGAGAUCUGUGCUUAGUCUGCCUGCCGGACUUGGUGGGAAUCUGUGGAGUAAAUGAAGAUGAUCCCCAAGUGAAACUGGAUUGGCAUUCUUUGGAAUCAAUAACAGUACAAAGAUGUCCCAAGCUUAAGAGACUGCUGCCUCUGCAAGGCGGGGCUGAUAGUGCACCGUCCUUGCGAGAGAUUACGGGAGAAAGUGAAUGGUGGGAGAAGUUGGAUUGGAAAGUAGAGGACACCAUUAUGUCCCAUUUCCAGCCCUUGUUUAAUGAGUGGGAUUUGUAUCGUUGAUGAGCAAAAGUUCGGUAUCUUUGAAGGCUAUGACAGAUGAUGCACCGACAAUCUGUUCCAACAAGUGGAAGUGCAGUUGGCGGGAACCCAAGGGGAUAGUUUUGAAUCCAUAUACACAGACGAGCGGUCAUGCAGCAGGAGUGCAUCCAAACAGUUCAAACGCCAAGCAGAAGAGGCAGUUGGAGAUGGAAACAGUCAAAGAAGAGAAGAUACAAUUUCAUGUGGGUGCCAAUAAGAGAAUCCAAGAUGUAAGUAACUAAUUCAACGGCGCUGCACUGUUUAUUAUUUUUUCAUUGUGGCCUACCUAAGAGUGAAAAUUGUCUGAUCUUUCAACCACAAGAUAGUCUCAUCCAGAUGUUGGGAAGCUUGAAUUUCAUACACAAGCACAAACCAUACUUGCAUAUGUGGCUGCAUGUUUAUGGACAGGGCUCGACAUUUAUGCAUGAUUAGCAAACCUUGUCUUUUCAAUUUAUGUUAUUAUUAUUAUUGUAAUGAUUUUUGGGUGAAAUUGGAUGGUAUUAGUGGGGAGCCGAAUUGGGUUUUUAGUAGCAGAGCUGAUCUGCCACAGGAGAUCUGGGGUCUGGUGGCACGAUGAGGAUGCUUGGAAUGAGGCCAUCCUGAUGAGAAGAGUAGCUGAAUUCCAAUUUUGAGAUAUAGGCGGUUUGCCUAGACAGGAUGCUGCUGCAAGGAAUGUAAACUCCAAGCAUUGCUGCUUCUCCAAGUCAAUCAAGAUCGGUUUGCAGUUUUCUACAUCCUAGCCUACUUGAAGGAUCGUUCUGCUGCAUUGUUGCAAUCAGUAGUGGCUACUUUCAGAUCCUGUCAUUCAACAUGCUGGCUCGGCAGGUCGGAUAAUUGGGGCUGUGCUUCAUCACCAUAUGCUAUAGCAGGUGUUUGUAUGGGGAUCUCUUGCUGUGGUUUGCAUUGAAGUUUCAGAUUAUUCAAGGGCAAUAGAUCCUGGCUGUGCUAUCUAUAUUUCAGCUAUUCUCCAUGGAUGGCCUGUCAAAAGGUCGAAAGGAUGAAUGUGGAGGAUACAGCAGAGGCAGAAUUCAUAGUGGAGCAAUGAUGUUUUCACUGGCCUGUGGAGUGAUGGUGUUUUUAAUAUCAUGCUUCGAUUGUGUAUUGGUGCAGCUGGGGCUUCUGAGGAGCAUUCAUCUGUUAGAUGGUUGGAUUUAAUGCUGUAUUGGUUGCGUCGGCCCUGAUAUUCUCAAGAUCUGUUGUCCUGUUCUGCUCCAGUGGAUGCUGGGCUAUGCUUGUCAGCCCAGACUAAUUUCUGAAUCUCGUGAAACAGAAUUCUCAGGGCUCUAGCUCUGUCAAAGCCUCAAGGAAGAGCCGUGUUUUCUAUAAUUCAUUCCAAUCAGUCCUUCGGGCAAGGCUCUGUUAUUCGUUUCUUCGUAUGUAAAUGGAGGCCUUUUUGAACAGCUCCAGGAUGUUCAGCUUCCCCCUUU